AACUCCGGUAAUCCACCAGAACAAGGAGCACAAGCACAGUCGACGGGAGAGUGUCAGGUGUCAAUUUACCACAGUGAAGAUAUCGCAGUCUCUUUCCUAUUCCUCUGCCUUUUACCCUCUUUUCACCUGUCCCCACAAAAUUCUGGUUCCCUUCUUUCCCAGCUAUUCACGGUGUCAUAUAUCCUAACCUCCAGUAGAGGUUUCACCAAAGCUCUGCUCCUAGGUCUCUUUUUAUAAUUAUCUAAAAAAAAUUAAUCACUCACCUUUUAGUUUAGACUGGUUUAGACUUUUAAUAAAAAGAAAAAGUGACAAUCUACCCAAGUCCUAGGGAAAGCACUGUUCAAAGCCUCUGACUGAUGUAUGAUCUUUAAAGUGCAGCUGUACUAGAGAUGUUUAUGUAAUUGGAGAUUUAUUUUAUGCCGUGUACCAUUCUGACUUGUUUUGUAUUAUACUCAUUUUAAUCUCUUCAUUACUGAUGCCAAUACUGCAAAAUAGCAUGAAAAUCUAUUUGUUAAGAAGUUAUUAGAAACAUCCAAAGAUUAUAAGUAAAGAUGUAUGCAAUCUCCAAAGUUUUCAUCCAGAUCUGAGCUGCCUCCAAAGUUCCACCCUGGCAAGCUGAUUAUAUAGAAAAAGGCAGUAGGGGGGUAUGUAUUCAGCUGAAGUCCAUAUAGAAUUUAACACAAUUCCUCCUGUAGAAUUUUUAAGCUAAUUUUUAUGCUGUUGGAGUUAAAACUCCCACUGAUUCCAAAGGAAGCAGAAUCCAUCCAUUGCUGAGUACUUUUGAAAAUCCCAUCCUACAUCACACAUUGACAUAAGCACUGUGGACAGCUCCAGCUCUAGGCUUUUUCUGCACCAGGCAGAUCUUAAAAAAUACAAAUAUAUAUAGCUAACCACAACCCGUCCCCUCCCCCAGCUACCUGCAUUAUAAGCAGUACCUGAAACAUUCCUUAAUUUCUCUUUCUCCACCACCCAUAGGGCUCAAUCCUGCUACCAUUGAACUCUUUGAAGAUGAGAUCUUUUCCAGUAGUGCAGGAUGAGGCACUUAACGUUCAACUUUCAUUCAGAGCAUUUCUUUCCAGGACCCGGAGUAGUGGUGGGUACAGGUCUCUUCACUCUUCCCCCUCCCCCGCCCAUUCACCACUGGAGAAGUGGCUGUACUAUAGAACUGGGAGAUUCCUAGCCCCCCCCAGAAGGGGGAAAACACGGAUGGUGACACAGCUGGAGGGCCGAGUCAUGAAAAGGAAGCUGCAGUUCAUGGGUGGACAUGGAUCUGCAAGUGGAGAAGGUGGUGAGAGAAGUACCACCAGACGAGGGCGCACCAGCUGAGAGAGCUAAUCCCCAACACUGCCAGCAGGAGGUGCUGUUCUGUGUACAGAGGCCAAAAAGCACUGCUGGUAUUUUGAAGGGUUGUAUCCUACAUAUUAUAUGGUUUUUGCCAUCCAUGUACCGGGUGAAAUUAUCAAAGACGAAUGGGUACUUGCAUCCUGGAUAUGGUUAUAUAAUAACAUGGGGAGCAAGGAUAUGUCGCUCCUAUGAAGAUUGCUGUGGGUCAAGAUGCUGCGUAAGAGCCCUCUCUAUCCAGCGACUCUGGUAUUUUUGGUUCCUUCUCAUGAUGGGCGUUCUGUUCUGCUGCGGAGCUGGUUUCUUCAUCCGAAGGCGGAUGUACCCUCCACCACUCAUAGAAGAACCUACUUUUAAUGUAUCCUACACCAGACAACCAGCCAACACUGCAGCAGGAUCACAGCAACCAGGGAUGCCAUAUUACACAGAUCCGGGAGGACCUGUGAUGAACCCCAUGGCUAUGGCUUUCCAUGUCCAGCCCAACUCCCCGCAAGGAAAUCCAGCGUACCCACCUCCGCCCUCUUACUGCAACACACCACCACCUCCAUAUGAGCAGGUGGUGAAAUCCUCCACAUAACAACUCUGCAGCUCUGUUACCUGACUCUGUGAGAAGCAGGUGCCAUUGCAAAGUGACUGGGGUAGAGAGCCUCUGUCUUUCUGAACACUUACUAGUUCUCUAACUCUCCCUACACACACUCCCCAUUAACAUUAUUUGCAAGGGAUGAUUUUUUUUUUUUGUAGUAGGGGGUAAAUUUUCAUUUUGAUGUAUUCAAAACUAAAGCAAGGUCUUUUCAAUGCUUUUAAUGGAAACCUAUAUUUAAAUCCAGUAUGUUUUCCCUUUAUUUAUUGUUUCAAAGGUGUAUAUUAACGCAUUGUGGCAAAAUACGGUAGCAGCUUUAUGCAACCACAAAGUGAUGCACACUCUCCUAAAACCCAGUAGACAAAUGUGGUGUUUUACUAGAGUAGAAAGGAGAGAAGGCGUGAGUUGGGGAAAAGAGUCAGGGCAAAAUAUUUAUGAGAAGUGUAACCACCAACCUCAUGGCCUGUGGUUUUCUAGGAAAGCUCUGUUCUGAGACAAAGAAGGGGGACAGGAUGUUAUGGAAUCCAUCGAGCGAGGAAGUCGAGUCAUGGCAGUGGGUUCUGUUUGGAACGAGUCCCACUUGAGAACUUCACUUCUAUAAAAGGUGUGGGUCCAAGAAAUUAUGAAUGAGCAGGUCUGCAAGGUCUUCACUUGCACCUGGACUCUGAACUUGCCACCAUAAGCCUGGCUCCUCUUCUUCUUCUGACACUUUCUGGAGGGCUUUUUUGUUGAUGUUGUUGUUGCUACCAAGGAUAAGAUUGUAAAAUAUAGUUGAUGACCUUUGUGUGGCAGGGAAAAUGUUAUCAGCUAACAGCUACACAUCUACACUUGUAGAGAAACUACUUCGAAAUAUUUCAAUACACAGAAGAAUUUUCUGCCCUAAAGUUAAAAUGGAAAAAAUGGGAACUUAGGCCCAGAUCCUCAAGGUAUUUGGGCACUGAACUUCCAUCUGGGCCUUGGGUCCCAAUCUUGCUCCCUUUGAAGUCACUGGGAGUUUUGUCAUUGACUUCACUGGGUGAUGAUUGGGUCCUUAUUCCAUACAACGCGCUAGCUCACUGGGUUUGGUUAUGGUCUUAUAGUCACAGAGAGAGCACAAAAGGGUGUUGUCUUCUCCAAGCAAGAGAUUUGAAAAUCUUCUCUUAAUGAUGCUUUAAGUGCAAUAACUUACUGGGAUAUAUGUUUAAGGGUUGCUUCUGAGCCUAAUGCAUGGACACUUUGGCCAUGCAAUGCCACUUGCAGACGAGUCUCUGUGCAUCAUGCUGAAAAUGUUCCCAAUUGUAUUUGCCUCAGACUCCUGGGAGGUUCUUUGAGUGGCAGUGGCUACUACCCAACAUCUUCAAACAAACAAAACCUUUUCUCCUGAGGUGUUAAUGAAUGGUUGUUUUUGCAGACAUUUUCCCACUUAUUUUGAUUGUUUCCAAUUAAAGUGUGGUGUUUUUUAUUGCUGUUUGAACUGAAGAAUCACCUCAACUAUGAGCUCCUGGCACAAAACCUAUAGAAAUGUUUAUUAACUUCCAAUUAGUUACACCGGUGCCAUCCCACUGGAUGCCUGAGGGUGCCCAUGUGUAACUGAAUGCAUACUCCCAAGACAUCUGCAUUGCGGAGAUGUGGUUGAGGGCCUUAUUUAGCCUGCAGAGCCUUUAUCACUGGUGAUGAUUUGUGAGAAUUUGGUUCUCAGAGCCCAGGCUGAGUUUGCAGGGCUAACAAUCAGAGACCAACGUCUUUUUGCUUGUAUACUGCACACCUUCAAUACAGACCAUACCGAGCACCAAUAAACCCGGGAAUGCCCUGUCCUCUUUUUAGUCCCUUUUCCGAGUGGAACUACCCUUCAAAGGAUCAAAUCCAGUAGUCAUAACUCAGGCGGAAUUACUAUUGAAAAUCGCCACUUGUGUGACGUCUAGGAGAAAAUACUUUCUGCGCCCACUCCAGUAUAUCCCUGACACACUCUGGGAGGAACUGGCCUGAUAUAAAUACACUGAAAUUGCAUUCAUUUGAAUUGUGUUACAUUCACCAAAGCCCAGCCUGGGACUUCAGCUAGAAUCCUUAGGGUCACAGAAACACAUUUCAUAGACUCCAGUAGGUCAUUUGCAAGCAGCCUUAAGGGGCCAGAUCCCAGUUCCACUGGAGUCAAUGGGAGAUUUGCCAUUGAUUUCAACUGAAUCAAGAUUUGGCCCAAACGCAAGGAUUAAACGUGUUUAGCAAAUAAAAUAUAAGCAGAGGAUUUGUGCCAGGAGCAGUGGUAGCAUUUCUGUAAGCCUUUGCACUGGAUUUCAUCUCGGCAUGUAACAAUUAGUCUUGCUUUCAAGAAGAAAUAAAUGAAGGGAUAAAGAUGACAUCAGUUUAAAAAUACUGACCUGUAAGGCUGGGCUGUUUUUGCAUUUUAUAAAUACAAUCUUUAAAAGGGCUUGUCUACAUGAACAUUUAGUUUGCGGCAAGCUGAGGCGUGAAUCUAUCCUGUGUUAGCCUGCUGCGUCAAAACUGUCCACGUGGACCCUGCUGAUGUGCAGUAUCAGUUCCUUAGUACACUUUGAUCUACCUAGCUUUGGAACAGGAGUAGGUCAAAGGGCAUUAAGGAGUUGUUAGUGUGCAUCAGUGUAGGGUAGAUUCCCACCCCCCCCCCCAUUUGCUGUGAAUUAAAUGAUCAAAUAAGCAAAUUCAAAGAGUAUGUUUCUAAGCCUACUUACACUGUUACAAACCAAGAGGAACUCCAGUAAAGUCCACUCAGUUCCACUGGUAUGAGAUUAGAAUCAGGCCCUGUUUUUCUACUUGCACUUAUAGUAAAGUCCAUAGGAAAUUAAAUCAGAUUGUAUCCGACCAUAUUGUGUUUUAGAAGUGUUGAAUGUGACAUUCAUAUCUAUGUAUCUUUUUAGGGUAAAAAGAGACACUCAUAUUUACUGAGACUUAGAUUUCGCAAUACAUGGCAAAGCUCAUUCCUUUCUGUAGUGCUGGGUUUAGUGCUAUAUUACAACAUGAAGUUUGACCUGAUCUCUUGCUUAUCCCUACAGCCUACUUUGCCGAUUAAAAACCAAUCAAAUUCUAA